CUUUCCAUAGUUUUCAUUACCUUUUCAAAAGUAGACCUUUUUAUUCUCAUUCUCUCUCUCUCUCUCACCCACAUCUGCCUCUGGGUAAUCUUUGGAUUUGCAAUUUCAAUUCAGUGAUUUUCAAGCUUUCUUGUUGGAUGAUCGUGGUUUGGUAGCAGAGCAAUGAGUGGAACUACCACAGCCAAAGCAAGAUUGAAGAACUUAUUGAGUCAGACUGAUAAUCGCCAUUGUGCUGAUUGUGCUGCUCCGGAUCCAAAAUGGGCAUCAGCAAAUAUUGGCGUCUUUAUAUGCCUGAAGUGUUGCAGUGUGCACAGAAGCCUUGGUACACACAUCUCCAAGGUUUUAUCUGUGACAUUGGAUGAAUGGUCUGAUGAUGAAAUUGAUGCCAUGAUUGAAGUUGGAGGAAAUUCCUCUGCUAAUGCAAUCUACGAGGCAUAUAUACCUGAAAAUUGUUCAAAGCCUGGCCCAGAUGCUAGUCAUGAUGAGCGGAGGAGAUUCAUCAGGUCCAAGUAUGAGCUUCAAGAAUUUGUGAAACCUAGCUUGCGGAUCACAUCAGGGAAGAGUUCUGCUUCUCUUCAAUCAAGCUUUUCUAGAAAGAUUUUGGAUAGUUUUCGAGUAAAGCCAUCAGAAAAUUCGGAAGGCAUGGUAGAAUUUAUUGGGUUACUGAAGGUCAAAGUGGUAAAAGGCACAAAUUUAGCCAUUCGGGAUAUGAUGACCAGUGAUCCUUAUGUUGUCCUGACUCUUGGGCAGCAGACUGUUCAGACGACUAUAAUAAAGAGCAACUUGAAUCCAGUUUGGAACGAGGAACUCAUGCUAUCUGUUCCUCAGAACUUUGGGCCUGUGAAGUUGCAAGUGUUUGAUCAUGACACGUUCUCGGCUGAUGACAUAAUGGGAGAAGCAGAGGUUGAUAUCCAGCCCUUGAUAACAUCUGCAAUGGCAUACGGGGACCCUGAAAUGUUUGGAAAUAUGCAGAUUGGCAAAUGGCUCAAGUCCCACGAUAACGCCCUCAUAGAGGACAGCAUCAUCAACAUUGUGGAUGGGAAGGUGAAACAAGAUGUGUCACUCAAGCUCCAAAAUGUUGAAUCUGGAGAACUAUAUCUAGAGGUAGAGUGGCUGCCUCUUGAUCAAUAGGUAGUACAUUUUAUCGUUCUUCCUUCCAACCAAUAAAAUCAGUCACUGUAAUAUUGAUUCUUGUCCAUAUGGAGUGGAAAGUGGAAACAUAUGCUUGUCUUUAUUGAUUGUAUGUAUUGUAUUUAUUCAUUUAACACUUACUCAUUUCUCGCUCAUCAUUUUCUUGUAAAAUUUUGCUGAAAGGCUUCUGUAGUAGAAGUGUUUAAGAGUCGAGCUACCUGUCCAUUCGAGUCGAGCUUGAGUAUGGAUUUUUAAGUCCAAACUCAGGUUUGAACCGGUUAGAUUACCAUAUCAAAAGGGUUUUUUUUGGGAGAUUUA